AUGUGGAUAAUAAACAGUUUAAGUAUAAGAAUAUGGAGGAGAAAAAGUAAAAAAAGCUGGAAAAAAACUUAGUAUAAUCCCGAAGUUGAAAGAAGACUUGACGUGGCAAGAAGAUUAUUUUAAAAAUAUGAUACUGAUGGAAGUGGAUUUUUAAGCGAAAAUGAAGUUGUUGGAUUAAUUAAAGAUACAUAUGCUGAAAUGGGUAUGAAAAAUUAUACUCCUAGCACUGAUGAUGUUAAAAUUUGGCUUUAAAUGAGCGAUAGUAACUAAGAUGGCACCGUUUCUUUGGAAGAAUAUGAAGAUUUAGUAAUUAAAUCUUUGUAAAAAGCUGGUAUUAAGGUCGAAUAAUAAAGGAUAGUAUUUUGA